UUUGGUGCCAGCGACGACACUGCCGGGAGGGCUCCCAGCGUGGGGAGGAGGCUGCGGCCAGGCGUGGUGCGAGCCCAAGUGUGUUUAAAAGCAAAGAGCCACUCCCCCUUCCCGCCCCGCCAGCCCGGGCAGGCUCCUCCGGCUGGCUGGGCGAGGGCAGGGCGGCGGACGGGGCGGACGCGGCUGCCCGAGCGGGGUUGGGCUGAACAGGCAGAACAAAGCGUUGUCACAACUGUGCUUCUUGGUUGUCGCCUCCUGCCUGCAAACCACUGAACAUUUUCCACUUGAUAUCAUCAUGCAGAAAGGGAGAAACAAGACGCAAUGAGAUAUUCAGGCGCCCACCACCACUCAGCUUGGGUCAUCAGCGGCGUUCAGACCUGUAGAUUCAUAGCAAAGACUUCUUCUCCACGAACUAAUGGAGUGACUGGCAGUAGCAAGACUAAAAAAGAUGGUUUAAUAGGUGAUGAGCUUUCAUGGGCCAGACCAUGAAAAAACUUAGCAACAGUUAUGAGUGGACGCUAAAAGGCUGGGACAGCUUGGAAAAGCUGACUCGGCAGAAGGUGGGAGCAGCCAAUGCCAAUAUUAAUAUUCUUUCAGAACUGAUGGAUGAGAGGAUUCUAAAAUUGCAGAGAGAAGGGAAACACAACAGGAUUCAGCAAGAGGAAGGAAGAAUAAAUGGUCCAGGAGAUGGAACUAGAUGACUUCACAAGGUCCCUUCCAAUGCUAUGAUUCUCCAGCAAGCAUCUCUAGCUACCCAAGUCUCCAGCAUCUGCUUAGGUCCUAAACAUAGCUGUGGUCUCAAUCCAUCAGGUGAAUGUUUUCCCAAGAAACUGGUGGAGAUGAUUCUGACCCUCCCUAAAGGAAGCAUUUCCAGUUCUUUGCAAACUACUCGCCUCUCAGACACAAACUCACCACACCAAACACAUGUCUUCCUGGAUAUUUCUCCAUAAAGAGUGACAUAAGAUACCAAAACAUUCAAGUCAGAUGCUCAGCUACAAACUGUCUAACCAUUGUCCUUCACUGGUGAAAUCAAAGGAAGAAAUCACUGGAAGAGAGGAACUGCACCAGGCUUCAAUUUUUGGACUAUACAGCAAGACUCUAUUAAAAUAAUCAGAAUUUUCACUAUUAGGGCUACAAUGGAGACGCUGUCCCAAGACUCUCUGCUGGAAUGUCAGAUUUGUUUCAAUUAUUAUAGCCCCCGACGGAGGCCCAAGUUGCUGGACUGCAAGCAUACCUGCUGUUCUGUUUGCCUUCAGCAGAUGAGGACAAGCCAGAAGGACUUGAGAUGUCCCUGGUGCCGAGGUGUCACUAAAUUGCCCCCAGGACUUUCUGUAUCUCAGCUGCCUGAUGACCCAGACGUCAUUGCUGUGAUUGCAAUUCCCCAUACGUCAGAGCACACCCCGGUCUUCAUCAAACUUCCAAGCAAUGGGUGCUACAUGUUGCCCUUGCCCAUCUCCAAGGAGAGAGCGCUCUUGCCAGGAGACAUUGGCUGUCGCCUCCUGCCAGGUAGUCAGCAAAAGUCUGUCACUGUGGUGACAAUCCCAACUGAGCAGCAGCCCCUGCAAGGAGGGAUCCCGCAGGAAGUUGGAGAGGAGGAGCAAGACAGGAGGGGUGUUGUGAAAAGCUCCACCUGGUCAGGUGUUUGCACUGUGAUUUUGGUGGCAUGUGUCUUGGUCUUUCUCCUGGGUAUUGUCCUCCACAAUAUGUCUUGCAUUUCUAAGCGUUUCACUGUGAUUUCCUGCGGCUGAAAGGGGUCUGCUCCCAGAAUACUCCAAUGAGAUAAUGUAGGGGGUGGGAAGGAGGUGAUGACAGGCUCCAGUGUGAUGCACUGCAACAUUGACCAAUUACUCCAGAAUGCUUGACACCGGACAGCUGUGUGACAAUCUGAAGGCAAUCCUAAAAAGCAAAACCUCUCAGAAGACCUCUCAGAAGGGUACAGAAAAAAUCAUAAUGAGCAUCUGAUGGUAACAGCAUUGAGGAAAACUGCAUGUGUACUAUCCUCAGUGAUCAGAUGGACGUAACUCCUAAUGAUUUUUAUCCUGUUAUGAGAUUAAAGACAUCUACUUAGCUGGUUAUACUUUUACAGUAUAUGAUCACUCUCUAAAUGCAGUAGAUUAAAAUCAAAAUGCUAUAUGUAUAAGUAGAAUUGAACAUGAGAAUCCGUGUAAGACUCAUUCAAGAUAUUCUAAUGCCAGUGCAUACUAUUUUUUUAAUGGGAAAGAAGAGAGGGAAUUGUAAAAAUAAAUAAAUAAAUCAUUUAGUUGUUAGGGCUUUUUAUAUAUCUUAAAUUGCACAUUAAUAAGUUAGAAAGUUGCUUAAUAGUUUUUAAAGGAAAUAUUUUACAAGCGAUUGUGUUUCAUAUGUGAGGUGUAUUUUUGUUGUAUACUUUCAUUUUGUUUCCACUGUAAUGAAGUGUCUCUUCCAAGUGUUUUGGUAAAGCAAGAUACAAGCAGUGGAGCAAUAAAGUGGCCAUGGAGGGCAACCUAAUAGUGCAGUCAAAACCCUGCUGCGUAAGCCCCAUCAAAAAGUAUGGCUUUGAAGUGUAAGCAUUGGACAUUUUGUGUCACCUCUAGUCUGUCAGGCAGGCUUCUCAAGGCUCUGGCCUCCCUGGGGAUUAUUGAAGAAAUGGGUUAUAGAAAAGGACAUGCUUCCUGCUAAAAGAUUUGUUUUCUUAAAACAUGGGACCAUCUUUGCCUCAUUGGUCAUUCAAAGUUGUGUCUGAGUCACUGACAGUGUAAAUUGGGAGUAACUCUGUGGAUGGCUGAACAGAAAUAGAGGUCUCGAUGUGCCAAGCAUUGUACAAAUAUCUAGCAGAAGACAGUCCUCAUUUCCAAAGAGUUCAUGUUCUAGAUACAUACGAGCAGCCAAUAAUUGGGAAGCAGGUAGAGAUGGGUGUGGGACUUUCCUACGGUCACAGAUAGGUCAGAGCUGGGAGCAGAACCCAGAACUCAUGCUUAACCCAGUGGACCAUGAUGCCUCGCCUAAAUUGCUGGAGUCUCACUGGUCUAAAGCCUAUGGGUACAGCUACGUAGCAGCAUUAUUUUGGAAUAACUGACUACAAGUCUUUAUUUCAAAAUAAUGCUGAGCUGGAGGACGACUUACUCCAAACUCAUGGUAACCCUCACUUCACGAGGAGUAAGGGAAGUCGAAGGAAAAGUGUUCUUCCUUCAACUUCCUCCUGUGUAAACAGCGCCAAAAGCUGACUUCACUGAUUUUUUACUUCAGCUACACAAUUGACAUAGCUUAAGUUGCAUAGCUUAAUUUAGACGUACCCUAUGUGAGCUCAUAUAGGGCCCAAUUAACUCCUUUCAGUGGUAGAAACAUUGUUUCCCUUAGAGCCAUAUUUGAAACUACCAAGAGAAAAUGAAUUUUUUUUUUUUUAAUACUGAAUGUGGAGAUUACAAAGCCCAUGUGACUGCUCAUAAAGGGACAAACUGUAAUAUUUAUGCUAACACCUUACUUAACAAGAACGCCCAUCACGUUUUGUGGGAUGCCUUGGGAAUAAUGUAGUCAGUAUGAGUAAGAGUAUCAGAAUCUGAUUGAAAGGAUGGGUUUGUCUGAAUUUUAAGGAUUGGAAUGGGACUUGUGGCAGAACUCUAGGGCAGUAAAAAUUAUUUGUUUUUCUGAUUCGUUUUGUUACUGGACAAUUACAUGGGUAUAAGCCCAAUGAACAAUGACCACUAAUCUAUUAUUAUUAUUUCUAAUUGUUAAUUUGAGAUCAUUCAAUCCCAUGUAAUAACCCUAGGGAACCUUGUUUCAACUGAAUUAGGCUCAUAAAAGUAGUCAGUGGUGUUGCACUCGUGUAACAGGAAAAUUUGGCUCAUUAUGAACAUAAUUUUCAUUUGAAAAUAAAAACAGAGCACAUAUUAGGAGAAUCCUAGUGCUAGAUGCUUCUCCCUCCCCACCUCUCACUUAGUCUGUACUGUAAGAAUGUCUUGUAUAUCCUUGAUAGUUAAGUUAGUAAAAGUAAGCUUACAUCUGAAAGUGAAGCUACUAAUGUACCGUGUCUGUUUUUAUCUGCUGCCAUUUGUCUGGGCACAACAAAGAAAAUACCCCAGAGGUGACACAUGAGAGCACAUGCAGAACCAUAUGCAGAGAACCUAUUUACAAAUGCUUAUUAUAAAUAUUUUGCUCCUGGACAUCAGUGAAAGUGGGGGUGUAACAGGAUGAUUAAUUCCAAACACAUGCAGUAUUAAAAUUAUUCAUGUGUUUCAUCAUUAUGUAAGAACUCUAUUUUCAUGUUACACGUUAACAUAUAAUGGAGCUAUAGCUCCCCACUAUUUCUGACUUCAUCAGACAGAGGACAUACUGCCUUGCUCCUUGUAAUCACUACCAUUGUGGCAUGUGAGGGAUGUGAAAUGCUUCCAGAUCAGAAUAGUGACACUUGACACUGAUUUUGCACUGAUUGACCAAAAGUGUAAAUUACUAGACAAGAUGCAAGAUAGUGGAGUAGAAGGCCAUGAGCAUUCAAUACUAAUAACAUUAGUGUUGGAAUGACCAUACAAUGACUGAUGGAAGCUCUUGACAAAAUAGGUUCUCUGUUUUCAAAUAAUCUGUUGCAUAAAAAAUGCUGUGUAUUCCUCUCCCUUCAUGAAGAGUGUAGUUGGAAGGGUAAACCAGAAAUUAGGUUAAAAUGCUACACUACAUAACUUAUUACACAACAGGCAAACAUGGGGUUUAAUCUGGUAUCAAUGAUGUAGGCAUCAUCUGACUAGAACACCAUACUGUGUUACUUAACACAGUGCAUUGUUUUGUGAGUGUGAGUUUCUUGUACUGUUAGAGCCUGCUGAAAUGAGUCGCUGACCUAAUUUCUGAUUCCGACAUUUGCCUGCUUACAGCCUUUGUCUGAGUGCAAUAUAUAAAACCUCAAGAUUUGUGAGUGAACUCCUAUUCAAAAAUAUAAUUUUAUGGGGGAAGUUUCUUUUUUGCUUCAGGCAGUGUGACUAUCAUUUAAAUAUAGCAACCUUCAUAUCAUGUUAGAUCAUAUCGUUUUAUGCUGAUGAGUGCAGAAAUGUGCUGUAGUAUAUUGCAAUGUACAGUGUUAGAUCAUUUCUCAAGUAGGUUAACAUUCAGACUUUAAAAUGUAGUGUGAUCUAUUCCAUUUUAUGUUCCUCACUCCUCCAAUACUUGGUAUUCAGAAAGGAGACCACUAUAUAUGGCCAUGACUUUGCAAAAUGUGCUAGAGCAAUUAUUCCCAUGGAAAACAUUUAAACUUAUAUAGUAUCCCAGUUCUGCACCAAUUUCAUGCCAAAAUGAUCAGCUACAUGUUGGUUCUUAAUCUGUGUAUCAGCAACUCUUGUGAUCACACUCUGUUCUUCAAAAAGGAGAAACUUUUUUUUUAAUGACACAAGUACUAGUUGAGCAAACUUUAUUUGUUCUAAAUCUUGCUGAGUUAUUUGUACACCUGCAAUUUUGGACAAAUUAUUCUUUUAUGAAGGUAUAUUAUUUGCUGCUUUUAUUUUAAAGGUCUCUGCUUCAGUUUUUGGCCUGUGCUUUGCUGAGACACAGAAAUAGGGCUCACUUUGGUAAAGUUAGUUCAGUACAUUUUAAAAAUUCAAAACAAUGUUUUGGUCUGUGGGAUUUUUUUUUUUAAAGAAAAUUGUGUUGGUCAUUGAUAAUGCUUAAAUGAUAUGGAAAGAAGGAUGAGUGAUUUUUCCAAAUGGAGCAAUCGUGAGUCUAAAGUUUAUCUUUAUUAAUGAAGGCUGGUAUUAAUAAAACAUUGGCAGGAAAAGAAUGAACACAUCAAGUGAGUUAUGGUUUCUCCAGUCCUUCACCUUAAAGUGAACAGUAUAUACAGUAACUCCAGAGGAGUUGCUCUGUGUUUACACUGGUGUAACCAAAGCUAGAGUUUGGCUGAGAUCCUCAAGACCAAUUUUAAGCAUGGACUGUGGUAGGCUUUCAAAAGGAGUGUGGGAAAAAUAUCUGAUUUAAAGUAGAAAAUACAUCUGUCUAGAGACCCACAUAGAUAUUCUUUUCUGUUAUAUUCAAAUUUUAAAAUCACUUGUAUUCCUUAUGCAAAUGAGACACGAAUGGCAUUAGUUUGAGCAUGUGUUGCGCAGCUAGGUAUGCAUCAUCUCCUCCCCUUCCCUCACAAUCAUGCUAGUGCUCCAUAAUCCAGAUCAGCCAACUCCUAGGCUGUCUAGACUACAGGGUUAUUUUGAAAAAAACAUCAUUUGCGCCUAGACUGCCGCCGUGUUCUUUUGAAAUUAAAUCGAAAGAACGCCUUUUACGAGGAAGAAUGUCUUUUUUCGAAGGUGCUCUUUCAAAAAAAGGUGUUCUUGACCACAAACAAGGCUUUUUUGAAAGAGAGCAUCCAGAUUGCCUGGGUGCUCUUUUGGAAAAAGUGGUUUGCUUUUUUGAAAAAGUUGUGGCUAUCUCUUUUGAAAAGUUUUUUUUCAAAAGAUUCUUUUGAAAAAGCUUUUGAAAGAUGUGUGUAGUCUAGAUGUACCCCCCCAGCAUCUCCCUAAUAUUACAGGCAUAAGGUUUUUCUUGAAUGGAGAUUGUGCAUGUAACAAAUCCACUGCAAAAUAAGGACACAGGACUCUGAGACCAAACAACUUAUUUUUACUUGUGACUGAUACCAGUGAUGGCAGAACAAGGGGCCUGGGGACCGUGGCCCUUUUACUUAGCCUGUCCAUUUUUUUGCCGCAGUGGACCCUGGCCCUUCUUUUUCCCCAAGGUUCAGCCCCUUCUCAGACAGGCUGACAGCUGAAGGAGUCUAGCUGGAGAACCUGUGCAGUUGUGGGAGUCAUACAGACUCUCCACCUGCCUGUGGGGUCCAAGUGAGGCUCCUGGUCCAUGUCCCUGCCCAGCCCAGGGCCAAUGGAGGUGAAAAGUCAAUAUCCGCUGCCUGUGUGGCUCUUCAUCCUGACCCAGCUCUGGUUAGGGGGUGGGGCUUUGGAGCAGCAGCCUGGCAAUGGUAAAGAGCUGUGCAAGCAGCCAUGAGAAAGCCAUGACCAACCCUCUACUUGGCUAUGUUGUGGGGGCCAAAAGCAGUCCCUAAAACGUGUGUCCAAGCCCCUUGUGGGGCCUUGCAAGGAAGGGGUUGGAGCAGGGAUAGGCCUCUGGAGAAAGAGGAAAGAUGGUACCUUGGGGCAGAGGCCCUUAAAUCCUCCACUUUUGGGAAGGAUCUGCCAUUCCCAGUGAUACAUGAUUUGAGUAUCACUGGACUCCACUUUAUCUGGAUUUCUUUCCAAUUGUCCUAUGGUAAUCUUGUGACUUGUGCAUCAGUGAUGGCCAGAACAAACUCCCAGACCUAAACAGAUAUUUGUGAAUUUAAACUGUAUUACAACACAGAUUGUUAUUUAGAAGAACUCCAUUAAUCAAUAAAUACAUUUAGUGCAAGGGUGGAAAACCUCUGGCUCCCCAGCUUGCCUAGAUCAGGGCCCCCGCUGCCCCACCUUCGGCCUGGAACACUAAAUGUACUAGGCUGGGCCCUAAAUUGGUGUGUAGUGUCUUUCUUCUCGGUCUGGGGCCAUGUCAGUGAGGGUGGUUGUUUUUUGCUUUUCACUUGAGUGCGGCCUCUGACUGACGUUUCAGUGGCCCCUGACCCCCAAAGGUUCUCUACCCCUGAUUUAGUGGAACACUGGUGUUAACCUUGCAGGGUACAUGGUUCUGUUCUCAUGCAUUCCCCACAAACGAAAAUUCAAACAUCACUCAGGAGGCUAUUGGAAGGAUUCACAUACCGUAAAAGACCUUAAUGUAAGAGUAUUUAUUUAGCAGGGCAAGAUUCAACUGAAAUGCUGCAAUGGAAUUACAGCAUGUAAAUGACUUUUACUUUCCAUUACACUGUCCUUAGGCCUGACAGCUAGGAUUGUUCCUUGUUCUUUCUCUGUCAUUUUAACAUUUUGUAUGCCAUUAUUGACCCAAGCCAAGCUACACCCUGCUUGUUUCACACAAAGUUGAAUGGCGUGCUGAUAUUUCUGAAGCUGUCUUUAGCAUCUUUAGCAAAUGAGCAAUUCUGUGUUGUCUAAGAAGUUGGAAUUUAAGACCUAACACAUGUCCAGGGAAUGUAUUUUAAAGCAUUCAAUUAAUGCUUCCGUAAGUAUCUCUAUAGUUUAGAUCUAAACAUUAGCUGAAUUUUCACGAAGUAUUCUCCCAAAUGCCAGAAGCAUUUCACAGGGAUUAGACAGGAUUCACAGCUGGAAGAAACUAUUUGUCCCAAGCCUAUACCACUCACACAUUACCUAUAUGCAUAUUGGCUUCAUAUUAAAGUUAGGACUUGUGUGUGCAUAAGGGCACGAGCAGUGAUUUUUUUUUUGGUGUGUUUAUUU